AUUUAUGGAUCAGAACAAACUUUCCUACUGCAAAUGGUCAUUAUCUAACAAAGAUGAAGUCUACUCCUUAGUGCUGCCUCAUUGUACCCCUGACCAGGCAAACCAAGAAAGAUGUCUCAGUCCCUCUGGAAAAUUGCUUCGCGAUUAUAUGAAAAAUCAAAGGAAUGGUAUCACAGGCUGUUGA